AUGCAGAGCGCUACCAAGAACCUUUCGAAAUACGCAAUCAUCUCGUUCCUACUCAUAUUAAUUGUCGUUAUGGGAGUUUACUUCAUUUUCUCUAACAGAAUUCCAACACCGUCAUUGGCCAUUGGCAUUGAUGUCGGGAUCCAGCAUAAACAUGUUCCUGUGGACGACAUACCUCUCACUCACGUCGAUAUUUACGUCGACGACACGGUGGCCCGGAAGUUAUUCGAUGAGGUGCGAGUGUUCUGUUGGAUCCUUACAACAAAGUCCGGUACCUUUAGCAAGGCGGCCGGCAUAAAUGCAACGUGGGCACCUCGAUGCAACAAGCACGUGUUCUUCGCUUCCGCAUCCGGUGAGGAAAGCAUUAUUACGCAUGCGCCGUUGCCGCACGGAGCGACACCUAUGCAGAAGAAGGAGUAUAAAACGGCAACCGGGAAUACUUUUAAAACGGUUUCUAUGGGGACGGAUAUUAUGUUUAUCGAUACGCAGGAGGGAUACGACAAUCUGACCGAGAAAUUUCGCGAGAUUUUACAGCUGCUGAACUUGCAGGAAAUGGAGCAUUUUGAUUGGUUCUUGAAGGCUGAUGAUGACACCUAUGUCAUCAUGGAGAAUAUGCGCUUCUUAUUGAAAGGGCUAAAUCCGGAAACACCUGCGUAUCUGGGUUACCAGCUGGAGCCCACCUAGUUCGACUCGCCCUACAUUAGCGACGGCACAGGAUAUGUGUUCAGCCGAGCCGGGCUCAAGCGCCUCGUUGAAAAGGGAUUCAAGAAAAAGGGCGCUUGUCAGGAAAAGGGAAGCUUCGAGGAUUUAGAGGUCGGCAGAUGCGCAAUGAAAGCCGGUGUCAACAAACAUAGCUCUCUCGACAGAUUUGAACGGGAAAGUUUCCACCCGGAUAAUAUAAACGACUACAUUCUUGGGCCGCCGCCGCAGUGGCUUUAUUAUUAUUCUAGGAAUAAACCAAACGGGGGUUCCGAGUGCUGCAGUCAACUCAGUGUCACGUGGCACAGGAUGGAGACUCGUGACAUGCUCGUGUUUGACCACCUGCUCUACAAGACGCAUGUGUACGGGCGCAACAUUGCGGCCUCCUACACCAACUUCUACUCGUACAACAAAGUCAAGAAAUUACCGAACGGAGUUCCCACCAUGACAAACGUGUAGCAUUAGAAAAUUAGCAUAUGUUCUCUUUUUGUAGGGAGUAUUUUCAGUAUCGUUCCUAAACCAUGAUAACCUCGAAAAUUUCAUACAUAGCAACUGCUAUUGUGCCGUGAUAUGGA